UCAUAUUAAUAUUGAAGCUGAACUGAGUGUGGACGUGUGUUAGUCGUGCUUUUGAAAUUUUUAUUUAUUGUGUAGUGAUUAAAAAAAAUUAUUAAACUGCUAUUCUUUAAAAAUAAAAGGAUACUUUUAUAUAUCUGAAUAUCCCCGUAAUAAUUUAUUAAUAUAAAAUAAAAAUUCGCACUACACGUAAGACCCAUACGUUUCCGCUGCUCGCGUCUUGUUAAAUUAUUUAGAUCGGCCAGCUCGACGUCUUUAUAUAUGUGAAAUUUCGUAAAAUUUUUGCGCUUUGGGAACAUAGUGUUAUUGUUGUUGCAGCCGUCGUGAACGUGUUCGGCUUUUAUUGCUUUGUGGUGAUUUUUUACUCAUUGUAGUGUGUCGUCUGCUACUUUAGGUGCAGCAUAACGGCCUUUAAACUGGCGGAAAAGAAGGCGCAGAUGGCUUUAUGCCAAACUUCAGUUUUAAAAGUGUACCAUGCCGUAAUGGAAGAUGUUAUAUCAAAUGUUCGAGAUGCAUUCCUCGAUGAUGGUGUAGACGAACAGGUGCUACAAGAAAUGAAACAGAUAUGGCGUAACAAAUUAAUGUCAAGUAAAGCUGUUGAGAUAAAUCCUGAACAAUCAGAACCGCAGCCACCACAAAUUAUAGUCAACAAUCCAAAGCCAUCAAAGGCCUCUGCGGCUAAAGCUAAAAGACAAGCAGCUAUUGCUGCAGCUGCUCAACAUAACAAUUCUUCAGCAAUAGCAACAACUAAUUCUGCAACCACAAAUUUGGAUAUAAAACCAGGUAUUGCCGGCAAUGCUGGAUCAACAGGAGGCGCAACAGUCGGAUUGACUAAUUCGUCUGGAAAUAGUAUAUCAGCACAACAACAAACAUCAGCCACUGGUCCCUUGCCAAUUGUCGCCGCACUAGAUCCAUGUCGAAUUAUGCCCGUUAAUAUUACUUUACCUGCUCAACCCGGAACCCAUAACACGGAACCGCGCGUACUUACUAUACAUGUGCCAGCCUCAGCCUUGCAAGAAAACCAACUUACACAAAUCUUAACUGCGCAGCUAAUAUCAUCUAUUAUAUCUUUGCCAACAACAUUGGCUAAUUCUGUGCUACAACAACACGUUACAGCGGCGCUACAAAAUCUUAGUAUACAGAAGUUUAAUCCAUCAAAACAACUUGAUGGUCAACUGGUGGAUACUACAGAUGAAGAGGAAAGCGAUGUUAGUGAUGACAAUAUUGAUGAAGACGAUGAGGAUAUUGAUAAGGAUGAAGACGAAGAUAUAGAAAAUGAAGAUGGAGCUGAAGAAGAACCACUUAACAGCGGAGAUGAUGUGAGUGAUGAGGACUCCACUGAUCUUUUCGAUACUGAUAAUGUCAUUGUUUGUCAAUACGAUAAGAUAACACGUUCGCGUAAUAAAUGGAAAUUCUACCUUAAAGAUGGUAUUAUGAAUAUAGCUGGGAAGGAUUAUGUUUUUCAAAAAUCAAACGGUGAUGCGGAAUGGGUACAUUUUGUGACGCAGACAAAUUCGCCAAUUUCUAAAUUUUCAAGAUUAGAUUAAUAUUUACUUCGCGUUAUUGACAUUAAAACUAUGGAUGUUAUAAGAUAAACAUGUAUAUAUAGAACUAUAAUAA